AUGGCGCUACACGCUCUGCUGCGCAGAAAUCUCACCUCUUUCUUCUCGGAGAAUUUGUUAUCGCCAUCGAUCUCCAAUGGCAGCUUAUCUCUCCCCAUCGCAUAUUUCUCCACGGCUAUCGAGACCAAACCCUCUACCCCACCUUCAGUUUACGAGUUCUUGACGAACAAACACAAUUUCCCUCCACAGGUGGCUUCACGCGCCGCCCCCAUUUUAUCCCCCGAUCUCGAGAAAAUCAUCAAGCCCAAGAUCCAAGUUUUCCAGGACUUUGGCUUCCCCUCCGACGACAUUGCGGCCAUAAUCUCGAAAGAGCCAGGGAUCCUCCAAGUCAGCCUGGAGAACAAGCUCGUCCCAGCAUUGUCCUGGCUAAAGGACCUGUUCGGUUCGACUGAGAAGGUGACCCGAGCUUUGAAGCAAUCCGGCACGCGUGUCCCAGGCGAACUUCUUUCCAGCUCGGCCCCGGGGAGAGACCGGCUCGGCCCCCACGGAUUCAGGUGCCGAGCUCGGGAAGCGUUUCCUUCGACCCGUCCUACACAUAAUUUAUCGAUUCGGGUCGGCCCCCGCGAGUUCGAUCCCGUUCGGUUCGGGGGGGGGCCGACCUACUCGGUCUUGGCCUGA